ACCACGUGGCACCGUCUGCGCAUGUGCGCACGCCUUCAGGGCUGCCCUAGCUGCUGGUCCAGCGCCUCUAUGGUCUCGCCCUAGAGCUUUGCUGUGUGGUUGGGGGCAGUGGCCGCAGUCGUGUGGGUAGCAGGCCCCAAGUGACAGCAGCAUGGAGGAAUUCGACUCCGAAGACUUCUCCACGUCGGACGAGGACGAGGACUACGUGCCGUCGGGUGGAGAGUACAGUGAAGACGAUGUCAAUGAACUAGUGAAGGAAGACGAAGUGGAUGGUGAAGAGCAGGCUGAGAAAACCAAAGGGAAAAGAAGGAAGACUCAGAGCAUAACAGCCAGAAAGAGAAAGCAGAGUGGCUUCUUGUUAGAGGACGAGGAGGAGGAGGAGGAGGGCGGCAAGGAAGAGCCUGGAGGUGGCAGUAGUGGAGAAGAUGAAGAGGAGCAAGGAGGCCUUGGGUCCGAGAAUGCAAGGAAGAAGAAGGACGAUGAGCUGUGGGCCAGCUUCCUCAAUGACGUGGGGCCCAAGUCAAAAGCAGCUCCAAGGUCACAAGUUCAGGCAGCAGAGGAGACCGAAGAGACUAGUUCAAAUAAACUGUUGGUGAAAGCAGAUGAGCUGGAGAAACCUAAAGAAUCAGAAAAAGUGAAAAUUACCAAGGUGUUUGACUUCGCUGGUGAAGAAGUGAGGGUGACUAAGGAAGUAGAUGCUGCGUCCAAGGAAGCCAAGUCUUUCCUCAAGCAGACUGAGAAGGAAAACCCUCAGGCUGGUGUCACUUCAGCAGCGCCACCACUCCCUGCGGGGUCGGGGAUAAAAAGGUCAAGUGGCAUGAGCAGCCUUUUGGGGAAAAUUGGAGCCAAAAAACAGAAAAUGAGCACCCUUGAGAAGUCCAAACUGGACUGGGAGAGCUUCAAGGAGGAAGAAGGGAUUGGUGAAGAGCUGGCUAUCCAUAACCGAGGGAAAGAAGGGUACAUUGAACGGAAAGCUUUUCUGGAUCGAGUGGACCACAGGCAGUUUGAAAUCGAGCGAGAUCUCAGGCUGAGCAAAAUGAAACCUUGACAUUCUGGGGAGAAUUAGUAGCAGCUUAACCCUAUUGACAAUCCCGGAAAACACACUCUGCACUUCUCACUGUGACGUCAGAGUCGAGGGGCAGGACCCACCAGCAAGCCAGGCCGCCUGAACUAGACAUGGCUGUUCUCUGAACAAGUGGCUGUUUCUCAUAGGCAUAAACCAGACAGAGGGGGCUGGAGAGAUGGCUCAGAGGUCAAGAGCACCAACUGCUCUUC